AUGGUUCGUCGCAGUGGGCGUGCAUCGGCAUCCGCCGCGAUCAGCUAUGCAGAACCGGAUCUCGACACGCGCGCUGCAGACAUUGCCGAGCUAGCUCCACCUCCCAAACGUGCUCGUAGGUCAGUCAAGGAACCUCCUCGCAAGCCAGCGCCUGCCGCUUCAUUGAGCAAUACCAGAGCAAUCUCACGCAAGGUAGCCAACACCAUCAUCAAACAAGCUGCUUCACCUCUCCCGACGCCACCAAGAAGCGAAGAAUCCGAACUUUCUUCCCCAGAGGAAGAGUCCAAGCCCGCACCAAAGAAGCGCGCCAAGGCGCCCAAGAAGGAAAAGGUAGAAGCGCCAACUCACUUCGAGACACGCGUCAACGUCCAUGGCGAAGAGUAUCAGAUUGAGCUUGACGAAGAAGGAGACCCGGUCCGCAGAGACAAGAAUGGCCGUCGACUGGCAAAGCGUCAGAAAAAGGACAUGGCCUACGAGAUCCUCGAUGUUCCCCAACGAGACUUUCGGCUCGAGGGCCCUCUAGCGAAGCGACAAGAACGCAGCCAGGGAUUCACUGGCGAGCUUGGCUACGCCUGCCUCAACACUGUUCUCCGAUGGCAAGACCCGCCCAUCUUUUCCAGCCGAACCGCUCGCAUCAAGACCAUGGACGAGCAAGGGCCCGACUACAUCAAAGAGCUCGGCCGUCUCAAUGCGCGCGACAUGAUCCCCAUGAUCCUGUGGAACGAGGAGAACAACAUCAAGUUCAUGCGUCUGUCCUCGGAAGUGUUUCCGUUUGCCUCACAUGAAAAGUACGGGUACUCCCUCAAGUACGCCGAGAAGGAGCUGCGCGCCGCCGGCGAUCUAGCCAAAAAACUUGGUCACCGAAUCACCAUGCAUCCGGGCCAAUUCACUCAGCUUGGAAGCAAUCGACCCGAGGUCAUCGAUGCGAGUAUUCGCGAUCUUACCUCUCACUGCGAGAUGCUGGACCUCAUGGGCAUGGGCAAAGACAGCGUCAUGAUCAUUCACGGCGGAGGCACCUUUGGCGAUCGAGAGGCUACACUGAACCGCAUGCGCGAGACGUACACCACGCGAUUGUCGCAGAACAUAAAGGACAGGCUCGUUCUCGAGAACGACGAAAUGGCUUGGAGUGCCGAAGAGCUGCUUCCCCUUUGUAAGGAGCUCGAUAUUCCGAUGGUGUUCGAUUUCCACCACGACCUGCUUCGUCCUUCGCCGCGGCCUCCCUCCGAGCUGCUGCCCGAGAUCCAAGCCAUUUGGCACAAAAAGGGUAUCCGACCCAAAUACCACCUCUCCGAACCUAGACCGGGAGCAUCGAACUUGCGAGAGCGUCGAGCCCAUUCGGAUCGCUGUGGCUUCCUUCCCCCUGACCUGCCAGCGGAUGCGCAUCUCAUGAUUGAAGCAAAGGACAAGGAACAAGCCGUGCUCGAGCUGUACCGUAUCUACAAUCUGCGUCCCGUCAAGCACGAGUCGCUGCGCCCUCCUGCCAAAGACAUUGGCGUCAAGACCUCGGGGCGGAAGAGCAAGCUCGGCGGUGAGCGUCUCGCGCGCGAGCCUCGAAAGGGUAAGGCGAAGCCGGAUCCGGAUGAGGCUGACGACAGCCAGCCGGUGCAGCUCAACCCGAAGAGUCUGUCUAAAGCGGAACGCGCCAUCGCAAAGGCAAAGGAAGUAGCCAAGCGCCUCGGCAGGGUCUAUACGGGUCCGGGUGCAGACAUCGGCGAAGACGAAGGCGUCGAGCUUGCUUCCCCUGAUCCCAAGUUUGGGGAGGAAGGCUACGUGAAGACCAGCGAAGAGGUGCUGCGGGACAUGCACGUGGAAGCCGAUUGGGUGCGUGCAGAGCUGCAGGCAGGUCGGGAAAGGCGGCCGUUCGGCACAGAGCCAGGAGCCGCCGCUGACGAAGAUGCAGACGAUGUCGAUAACGGGGAUGAAGACGGCGUUGCUGCUGACAAGGUGGAUGUCAAGCCCAAGAAAGGCGGCAAGAAGAAGGCCGUCGGUACGGCAGAAAAGUAG